AUGUCUCCAGGAUUAAAUAUCGGAUCCUCUGGCAGCCUUAACGAUGAAACGGCGGAGUCCGAAGCUGCUCAUCCAUCUCAACCGGGGUCAUCGCGGUCGCUAUCUCGCAGCGCUUCUCGAUCGAUGAGGCCUCCACCACUGCCUCAUUCCCCCUCUUCCUCCGGCGUAAGUGGACUGGGCGAUAAUACAGGCGUUGGCAGCGGUCCGGGCCCGCUACGCCAUCCUAGACCUAUGACCAUAUCAGACAUACAUCUAGAGCUGGAGAAAGAGCAAGAGGCAGUGGUAAACCGUCUUACGCGAGAGCUUUCUCUCCUCCGUGCCCAGACAGCAUCCGUGGCAUCGACAGCCUUUUCGGCAUCGACAAACGUCAACGAGCAAGGCGACGGCGUGACAUAUAACGCAGUGUCUUCUCCCCGAACAAGAUCUCGCCACAGAUCAUCGUCAACGCUCAGUUCUCGAAGCAUCGGCGGCACCUAUGUGCCAGGAAGCGCGGUUGCAGCUUUGACAAGCAUAGUACCAUCUCGGGAUAACGGUGCAUCCUCGUCACGGCAGUCGAUCGACCUUCAGCGCCCGAGUAUCAGCCGUGAAGUGUCUGCUUCUUCUCCCCGGUUGCCCGAAGUGUCUUCCCCCCUUCUACUUUCACCACAGUGCCCCGAGGAGCAUUCCCGCCCUUCGUCUACGCGAGAACACCGAUCAGAGUCUGUGUCGAGCACGUCUCGGUACGAGGAGGUUGCGCGUCAUCGAGCCGAGCUCGAGGUGGUCAAGCGGGAGAACGAGAGCCUGAGACGGCGUGUUCGAGAGCUCGAGAAGAUUCUACGGGAGCGUCGCAACGUCUAG